CCCUUUUCCCUCUCGUUUCCAUCAUAUCUAUAAAACCCCGCAACUUGUAUGUGUCGGCAGCAAAAAGCGUAGAUUUUCCUGGAAAAUCACUUGUCCGGAGUUUCAAUUUUCCUGGAAAGUAGUAUAGGAGAAGAUGAUUAAGAGGAAGUUGAAUUUCAGCCGCGGGACGACCGACAGUUCUGAUACGACGAUGUCGAGGGAGGAAGGGAUUGAGUGGGAGAUGCGGCCUGGCGGGAUGCUGGUCCAGAAGAGGACCGAUAAUUCGGACUCUCCAGCUCCGAAUUUGCGGCUUCGCGUCGCCUACGGUGCUGUCCGGUACGAGAUCUUCGCCGGUUCUCAAGCGACAUUUGGAGAAUUGAAGAAGCUUCUGGAAGCGGAGAGCGGGUUACAACCGGCUGAACAGAGGCUAAUUUUUCGAGGGAAAGAGAGGGAAAAUGGGGAGUACUUGGACAUGUGUGGAGUCAAAGACCGAUCAAAAGUCAUACUAAUCGAGGAUCCAUCUAGCCGGGAGAGAAGACUGAUCGAGAUGCGACAGAACGCGAAGAUCCAAGCCGCAUAUAGCAAGAUCAACGACGUCUCCGUCGAAGUCGACAAGCUUACGGGGCAGGUCUCUGCAAUCGAAAAAUCAAUAGCAACAGGGAAUAAGGUAGCAGAAGUUCAGAUAACUACAUUGAUAGAGAUGCUAAUGAGACUAGCUGUGAAGCUUGAUAGCAUUCCUGCAGAGGGAGAUGCAUCUCUUCAGAAGAAUUUGCAGGGAAUGAGAGUGCAGAAGUGUGUUGAAACACUAGAUGUCUUAAAGGUAUCAAAUGCAAGAAUAAAGCCUGUAAUCGUGACAACGAAGUGGGAGACCUUUGAUCCUCCUCCUCCUCCUCCUCCUCCUCCAGCCUCAACUCACUGGGAACUCUUCGAUUCAUGAUGUUAUUCGACCCACUUUCGUUUUAUUCAAUAUUCAUCAAAUUUUUGUGUUUAGCUGGAGGCAUCAGCUACAUAAAAGGAGGUAUUCUUGCUCCUGCUUAACGGUCUCUCCUCCACCAGUAGUCACCAACUUGCCAAUAAUCAUUGGUUACCAUCUAAUUAAAAGUUCAUGUUUUGUCCAAUGCUUUGAUAUGCGAAAAUGAUGUACUUACAAGCUUUUAACCUACAAAUAUUAUUUAGUGUAAUAUAAUUGAUAUGGGCAAAAAAGUAUGUAUUUAAUAUUCAACUGUCACAUGUCAAAAUUGUCACGUGAAUACUAAAGAUAUCAAAUUAACUCUUAAGCAGAAAUGCCAAAAAUAAAUUUAUUAUGGAACUAGUUGAAUCAAAUUAAAAAUUGCUUUAGAAAGUAUUUUGUAAUUUUAAUGUAUUAUAUAUAAUUAGAUUAUCAGUUAUUUUUGUAUUAUAGUUUAAAAUUUCUGAAUUAAAUUUAUAAUUUACUAAUAAAUAUUUAUAAUUUACUUUGAUUCCAAAUUUAUUGAAUAAAAUAUUAUAAAAUAAUAUUUUUUAAAAUAAAUGUGUUUUUCAUUUUUUAUUUUGAAAAAAAAUACAUUUUUAGUAAUUUUAAAAUAGACGCUUAAAACAUAAAAUUUAAACAUAAAAAAAUACCACUUUAAUUUUUUUUUAAAAUAAAAAUAUUAUUUGUUGACAAUGUUUGUUGCACGCACCAUUUAUACAAUCAAAGUUGAUGUAUUAUAUAUAUUAAUUUUAGUCAGUGUUAUAAACACUAUCGUAGUCUUGUUUUAAUAAACAUACAAUAUAUUAAAAUUAAAUGUAUAAAUCGCACGGAUAAAUAACAUUUUUGUUCUCAAUGUAAAGGAGAUUUGAAGGGCAAAUUGGGAAUAUAAAAUGUUGUGAGAGAGGGAGCAUCAAAACUGGUGACCCACCCCAAAUUAGGUGUAUAAAACAAGAACCCGCAAAGCCCCAUCACGAUAUUCUCGCUCUUCAACUGCAAACCAUAUCUCUGACUUCAGGCUCUAUUCAAGUGGAUGUAAGGCCCAACUUUUGGGAGAAGCCCAAGAAGAGCCAGCCAAGCCCAUAUGGCCUGAUAAAGGCCACUGGGGCUCCCAGCUCUCCCCCGCCCCCGCCCCUGCCCCUCAUUCGGCCGUCGCAAUCUAUCUCUCUCUCUCCAAGAGCAUUGCUGUGAAUAUCUCAUUUUGUGCAAAUCCGACGGUUGUAUCUUGAAUCCGAUCACAUUUUCACCGUGAAAUCAACCCCGAUCUACAACAAGGUGAUUUUGAUUCACCCCAUCCAAGAGGCGUUUUAGGGAAUCCUGUAUCUUCAAUAACACUAUGAAUGGGUUAGCAUAAAUUUUGACGGUAAGAGUCAUGGUAUACGAUUACAUUGCAUACACCCUAGCCACGCUCCAGUCACAGCAUAUAAACCUCAUUUCACGAGAUUUGUGCAUGAGAAGAGUUACGCACUGAUCGAGUAAUCGGGAAAAAUGGCGGAUUACUCUCAGUUGGAGAGAAUGGGCCGAGAACGCAAAUGCCCCAUCUGCUUGAGCCUGCUCAACUCUGCGGUGUCUCUCUCUUGCAACCACGUGUUCUGCAACUGGUGUAUUGAAAAAUCCAUGAAAUCAGCUUCCAGUUGUCCUGUUUGUAAGGUUCAAUAUGGACGCAGAGAGAUUCGUCCUGCCCCUCCUAUGGAUAAGCUAGUAAGCAUUUACAAAAGCAUGGAAGUGGCUUCAGGUGACAAUAUAUUUGUAACUCAAAAUGCACCUUCAAAUAAAAUUUCAGGUAUAUGUUAUACUACCAGUUUGACAGAUGCAAAAUCAAAAUUCAACUUAGAGCUUAAGCAGGUUCCUGUUUGAGCAGUUACUUUGACAGAUAACCUGCCAUUUAUCUUUUAAUUGUAUUAUUGUUUCUUUUUACAAAGUUUGUGAACCGACAAAUACAAUUCAGUUAUUUUACUUGGCUUCUUAGUACUGUGAGUAGUGCCUGUUCUUCCCUCUUUCCUUAAUAUUGCAUGUUUUCCAGUUUGAAAGUAUGACAUUUCAUGAGUGCAAUGUCUCCAAUGUUUGUUUAUUCUCCUUAAUUUACUAAACCUUCUAUAACUAUAGCACAAUAAAAGAUUUAUUUUUUGUUAGUUGUUAUUACAGUAGUGGCUCACUUACACUAAUUUAUCGGUCCAAUUGUUGAGGUAUUAUAUCGUAUAUUUGGAACUUAUAAUGCAUGUAAGGCUGCAGGUGGUAAUUAUAUAUUGCGUAAUCCUAUAAUUUUCAUUUCCUAAUAAAGUGAAAGAAUGAUUUUGUGGAUGCAUGCACGACUUGUUGAACGCAAGAGCCCGACUUCUGCAAUUAGGGCCUAAGCACAUUGGGGAUUAUGUCCUCCUCUCCAAUCUUUAUGCAUCCGAGCAGCGCUGGACAGGUGUGCAGAAUGUAAGAAGGUCGAUGCUGAAAGAAGGGGUGAAGAAAACACCGGGCUAUAGCCUUAUGGAGGUACUAUGAAUUUGUCAUAGGAGAUAAGUCUCAUUCGCAAAGUGCAGAGAUAUACGCGAUGCUGGAACAGAUUAUGAAGCUAUUGAAAUUGGAAGGGUAAGCGCCUCGCACAGCCAACGUGCUCGCAGACAGAGGAAGAAGACAAGGAAACAGCAUUAUCAUAUCACAGUGAGAAGAUUGGAAUUGCUUUCAUGCUCAUUAACACGCCAGUUGGGACUCCUAUUACCGUUGUGAAGAACCUGAGAGUGUGUGCAGAUUGUCAACCUUGCCAUCAAACUCAUCUCAAAGAUUUACUCGCGCGAGAUUGACGUGAGGGUUCGCAGUCGGUUCCACCAUUUUAAAGAUGGACUUUGUUCCUGUAGGGAUUACUGGUAAAAUCAUCUUCAAAUGAUUCUAUUGUUGUAAUAAUUCAACAAACUUACUUUUUCUUUUUUUUUUAGUGGUUCUCUAUUUGGACAUUUUAGGUGGACAGUAAUGGAGCUUCAUAUUGUACUCCCUGUAAUAUUAUAAAUAAUUUAUUCUCUA